AUGGACAUCAGCCUCAAGGCGAUCAAGGACUGCGCCUUCUCCGAGUACGAGCGGCAGAUCUUCCACGUCAUCAAGGCGACGCUGCAGUCGCGGGCCAAGACGGCGGCCAAGAGCACCAAGAUCGCGCAGGACAUUGCCUUCUUCUGCAUCUCGCAGGACGAGGGCGUCGACGUCGGUGAGACGCUGUGGAACGUGUGGGCCGUCGUCGUCGAGAUGGCGUCGCGCAUCCCGGCCGGCCACGCGUGGCAGGACAGUUUGGUACUCGGGCUGGACGUGCUGCGCGAGCAGGACGGCGCCGUGCUGCCGGCGGAUGAGGACGACGAGGAUGAGAAGGACGGGAAGAAGCCGCUGCUGUGGCAGGACCUGCCGAACCUCGCGCUGUGCCCUGCUGACACGCACCUAGACCCGACCGAGACGGCCGAGGACCUCGCAGACGAGUUCGCGCGGUGGCGCAACCUCAACUCGUUCGUGGCGCGGGUGACGAGCGAUGAGUUCGCGCCGUGGCGCAACCUGAGCGUGUGGCAGCUGCGGGGAGCACUGGAAAAGACGCCCCUGGCCAACGCGGCGGCCUUUGACACGCGCGUGUGGGUGGCGACGGAGUGGGCCAUCGAGUGCGCCGACCCCGUACUGGCCGUCGAGCGCUGGGCCUUCUGGAAGGCGCGAUUCGCGGAGCUGCGCGCCGAUGCGGCGAACCUGGGACUGAGUGCUGCGACGGCGGCGCGCAUCUCGGAAGCGCUGAAGAGCAUGGAGGCCGUGCAUGCGCCGAAGAAGUAGGUGGUGCUGUUGGACGAGGCUGCAUCUUUGUGUGCGACAGAGACUGCGCUGCAUCUUUGUGUACGACAGAGACUGCGCUGCAUCUUUGUGUACGAUAGAGACUGCGCUGCAUCUUUGUGUACGAUAGAGACUGCGCUGCAUCUGCAUGAGGGGUAGGGGGUAGACUCAAGACUGCUGCAUCUGCAUGGGGGGGAGUAGCUGAAGACUGCUGCAUCUGCAUGGGGUUAGGGUAGACUCAAGACUGUAGAGUAGACUCAAGACUGUAGAGCGAUAAGAAUGCCAUUUCAUUGAGAGUUGUCACCCUCAGACCCGUUUUU